AAACGUGGGACCCUCAUCAAAUGCUCCCAAUCUCAUUUCUUGGACACCAUCGUUGUCAAUCUCAAACACUCAUUAUCCCUCACUCUCAAACAUUUCCUUCCACUCUCAUCCAAAAUCAUCUUCCCCCUCUCCUCCUCCGCCAUGCCCGUUUCCCACUACACUGUCGGCGACUCCCUCUCCCUCACAAUUGCCACGUCAGACGAUGACUUCUCUCACGUUGUGUCCAACCGUCCCAAGGCUGCCGACGAUUUCCAUCAACUCGUCGCACAAAUGCCAGCGGCUGAUUACUCCUCCGACGAGAUCAAAUUCAGCCCCCUCGCUAUUCAACUCACCUUGUUUCCGAACCAAGGGAUCUGCAUCGGCAUCACACACCAUCACUCCAUUUGCGACGCCACCACUCUCUCCGCCUUCCUCCACACCUGGGCGUCCAUCAACAAAUCCAAUGUCAUCGAUCAGCUGCCUUUCUACGGCCGAGAUUCCGUUCAAGAUUCGGAAAAACUAACCAUAGCCCUAUGGAACCGAAUGAAGGCGAAUAGGCCGAUGGUUUCACUAACACCACCGUCGCCAUCAGAUAAAGUCCGAGCAACAUUCCAUCUAACUGAUUCCCAAAUCGAGAAGCUCAAGACCUUGGCCAUCAUCAAAAAACCUUCCAUAGGCCGCCUCUCGACUUUUGUGGUGGCGUGCGCUUAUCUCUGGAGCUGCCUGGCCAAGUCAGAGGUCGAAAUCGAGGACGAUGAGACGGAAUACUUAAGCUCUGGGGUCAACUGCCGCAGGCGGCUGAAUCCGCCCCUUCCGGAGAACUACUUCGGAAACUGCUUGAUCCUAUUAUUUGCGGCUUCAAGCCAUGGAAGACUCAAAGGGAAUGAUGGGUUUAUAGCUGCUGCGGAGGCGGUUGUGGAGGCUGUUAACAUUGCUGUGAAAAGCACAAGAGUGUCGGAGUAUUAUGAGAGUCGAUCAAAGAUACCUUCGGUAUCGAUACAGAAGAGGCUUCUUAGGAUUGCAGGGUCCACAAAACUCGAUCAAUAUGGAGCAGAUUAUGGAUGGGGGAGAGCAGUUAAAUAUGAAUGCAUUCAUACAGACUUUGAUGGAGCAGUUAAUAUUUGUAAGGGAAGACAAGGAGGAAUCGAGCUGGGCUUCUCAACGUCGAAGGCUAAGAUGGAUAGUUUUGUGGAUGUGUUUAACAACUUAUACAUAAAUAGCAAUUUGUAAUUUUCUAUUUAUUAUCCAACUAUUCUCCAACAAAGGAGAAAAUACAAAGUUGGAAGUUUUAUCAGAAAUGUGUGAACGCUUUGUAUGGAAUUUACUCCAAAUAUUCUGGUUUAAUGAACGAUU